AUGGACGUUGCGUCAGCAAAUCUGCAAGAGUACAUCACAGACAUACGCCGACUCUUUCAAUGCCUACAAGCCUACAACAUCAAGCUCGAACCCAAGAAGGCAUACAUCGGCUUCCACCGGGUUUCGAUCCUAGGACAACGAGUUGACGCCCUCGGCAUGUCCACACCGGAGGAGAAGCUACGAGCGAUAGCGGAUCUACAGUUUCCUGACACACUACAGAAACUGGAGACAUAUCAUACCCUGAUCCGCAAGACAGCACUGCUACGCGGUAGUCCCUUAACAGGACGGCCACGUCAAGAAUGGGCGAAGAAGACGCGCUACGGCGAUCCCACCGAUGAAGAGCCACAGUCAUUCGAGAUCCUAGAGAGCAACUUCAAAACAACGCACUGCUACCGACAGCAAGCUGGGUGCAUUGGGACGGUAGCAGGCAAGCCUACAUUGAUGUGGACGCAUCACAACAGACAUGCUAUCAGCGCAACAAGACCAGAGCUUUAG